AAGCUCGGAUCAGCGAAGGGGCAGAGAGCCUCCCCUCUCGACUGCUCUAUAAAAGAGACCCAGGGAAGGGACCCUAGCAGCCUCGCGCUCUGAGCGUGGGUGAAGGUGUGGGGAGACAUGCCUAAGGUCUCCGCAGCAGAGCGCACCGGCUGCAGAGGCAAGGCCAGCAUGUCACUGAACUUCAAACUCCAGUGUCACUUCAUCUUGAUCCUCCUGACAGCUCUAAGGGGAGAGAGCCGCUACCUAGAGGUGCAAGAAGUCACGGACUACGACCCUUUCCUGCUCUUCGGCGCCAAUCUGAAGCGGGACCUGGCCGAGGAGCAACCGUAUCGCCGGGCUCUGCGCUGCCUGGACAUGCUGAGCCUCCCUGGUCAGUUCACAUUCACCGCCGAUCGGCCGCAGCUGAACUGCGCCGUCUUCUUCAUCGGGGAACCCGAGGAGUUCAUCACCAUCCAUUACGACCUGGUCUCCAUCGACUGCCAGGGUGGAGACUUCCUGAAGGUAUUUGACGGCUGGAUCCUCAAGGGGGAGAAAUUUCCAAGUUCUCAGGAUCACCCUCUACCCACCAUGAAGCGGUACACAGAUUUCUGCGAGAGUGGUCUUACCCGAAGGAGCAUCAGGUCUUCCCAAAAUGUGGCCAUGGUCUUCUUCCGGGUUCACGAACCAGGAAAUGGAUUCACAUUAACCAUCAAGACAGACCCCAACCUCUUCCCUUGCAAUGUCAUCUCCCAGAGCCCGAGUGGAAGGUUUACCCUGGUGGUCCCACACCAGUACCAAAACUGCAGCUUCUCCAUCAUCUACCCUGUGGUAAUCAGGGUCUCUGAUCUCACCCUGGGACACUGGCAUGACCGGCAGUUAAAGAAACCCACGGCUGGGUGUGGCGGAACUGGUGACUUCGUGGAGCUCCUGGGAGGCACGGGAUUGGACCCCUCCAAGAUGAUGCCUUUAGCUGACCUGUGCUUCCCCUUUCAUGGCUCUGCCCAGAUGAAGAUCAGCUGUGACAACGCUGUGGUGCGCAUGGUCUCCAGUGGAAAACACAUUAACCGUGUGACAUUUGAGUACCGUCAGCUGGAACCAUUCGAGCUGGAAACCUCGAAUGGAAACAGUAUCCCCGAAUUCUGUUUGUCUAGUCUUUGA